UCUUAUUAAUGUUUUGAAUCUUUUUUUUUUUUUGGAUCAAAAUAUUGUUUUGAAUCUAAUCGUUGAAAAUAACGAGGCAAAAACGAUGGGGGUGGUUAUGGAUUUCAUAUCUGUCUCCGUAUUUUCGAUGUUUGUUUGUUGUCGUUAUAAAUAACUGACAGUUUUCUUUCAUAUUAAUCUCCAACAGGCACAUAUCGCUGCGGAUGAUUCACAAAACUUAAGGAAAAACUUGCGUAUAUAAUCCGUGAAGUCAGUUGGUAAUUUCAGUAAUGUACGGUGGAAGAAGGGUAUCACUGCAUGAGAUCAAAAUGGUUAAAGUGUCUAUUGAAAGGGAGGAUAACGACCUCAAAAACAACCAUUAUAAAGAAUGUUAUUAUGCUGGAGGCUCAAGUGAAUAUAUCAGUUGCCUCAAUCCUGAUAAGAAACCACUUCAUGAUGUGAUGGGUUUCAAAAGAGAGUUAAAUGGUAUCAUCAUGGACAUUGCACUUCAGUGGUACGUAGAUGGAUAUUCAGACACAAUGCUAGGAUAUGCUAAUGGCAUCCGCACCAACGAUGGUGGAACGCAUAUAGACGGUGUGAAAGCUUCGAUAACAAGAACUCUUAACAGCUUUGCGAAACAGUCCAAGGUUUUCAAGGAAGAGGAUGUUACUUUCAGUGGGGAGCAUGUUAGGGAAGGACUGACUUGCGUUGUCUCAGUUAUUGUUCCAAAUCCUGAGUUUGAAGGUCGAACACAGACGAGAUUAGGGAAUCCAUAUAUCAGAGAAAUUGUUGACCAGUCAGUCCAGAUGUACUUAACGGAGUAUUUUGAAUUGCAUCCAGAUGUGCUUGAGAGCAUUCUCUCCAAAUCUUUUAACGCUUAUAAGACUGCAUUGGCUCUCAAGAGGGUAAGAGAAGUGAUUAGAUCAAAUAGUGUAUCAACGCCAUGCACCAUUUCUGAGAAACUAACCAACUGCUCUUCUGAGAAACCUGAGAUUUUAGUAGGCAGAGGAGUUAUUUCUGGUGGCGCUGCAAAACAUGGUUGUGACUCUCUUGAUAAGCGUUUCCAAAGCAAAAGGAUGCGUGAACAGCCUCGACGUAAUAGUGCAGUCUCUACAGCUCAUGGAAAGUCUUUAGAGAAUACUAGUGAUUCAAGCUCUGACAAGAAGCGCCAAAAAGUUAAAUCUUGUGUUCCAUCCUCACAAAAAACGGCUGCUGCUUCAAACCCACGAAACAGUAAAGAUGUUAGCGUCAAGAGUGACAAAGGUGGAUCCCCUGGUUCAGACAAAAUCAAACAUAUCCCAGUAGGUCAUGUUUUCCAGGCCGAGAUACCAGUUUGGAUUGCGCCUACCAAGAAGGGCAAAUUCUACGGUAGCCCCGGAGAUUCCGACACACUUAGGUGGCUAGGAACUGGUGUUUGGCCAACGUACAGCCUCAAGAAGAAAGCUCACUACAAAAAAGUCGGCGAAGGAAGAAAGGACACGUGUUCUUGCGCUUCUCCAGGAUCAACCAGUUGCAUAAAGCAACACAUUAGAGAAGAAAGGGAGCUUCUAGAGAAAGAUAUAGGGCGUGCUUUCUAUACUUGGGAGUUUGAUGAAAUGGGUGAAGAAGUGGGAUCAAAAACAUGGACGUCCAAAGAAGAGCAAAAGUUCAAAUCUCUUGUGAAGAAUAAUCCUUUGUCAAGUUGUGAUGGGUUUUGGAAGAUUGCUUCCGAGUCUUUCCCAAGGAAAAGUGAGAAAGAUCUCACUAGUUACUACUACAAUGUUUUCCUCAUCAGACGUAUGAGAUUGCUUGCUAAGUCUUCUUCUGCUGACCACAUCGAUAGUGAUGAUGACCAAAAUGAGCACUUCUUAGGUGGAUGAACAUGUUCCUUAUCUAGUAAGCUCUUUGGUCAUAGGAUCCUUAUAGGGCAAAAGCAUCAAUCCAAAUGUGUUUUUUUUUUCUUCUCAAAAACUAAUACAUAUUUGUUUUCUUCUUCAUGAACCUUUGAGAGUUUGAAAUAUUUUAAAUUUGGAUUUUCUGAGUUAGGGCUUUAAAAGUCUAGGAUUAUCCUUUUAAUUCUUCUCCUUUCUAAUUUGUAUGACCUUUUUUCAUUGCAAAAACUUAACAUCCUUGCUGACCUACCUAGGCCCAUGUUGCAUUGAGACGGAUACGUGGACAGAUACGGAUGAAAAACAAGAAAAACUAAAAAUUUAUAGAUACAAAUAUAACACAAAAUAGAAAAGAUUGUUGUGAAAAAUUGUGCAUCAUUUACCAAUCAAGCAAUAAUUAUUAAGUGGAAUCCCAUGUGAAUCAGCAAGGAUCCGAAACACAACUUACAACUUUUAUCGUACUAUGCUCUCCAAAGAGAAACUCUUCUCAUUGAAUAGAUGUAUGUUAUACUUGAAAAUGGCACAUAGCUUUUCUGAGUAUUUUAGGGCUUUAAAAGUCUAGGAUUAUCCUUUUAAUUCUUCUCCUUUCUAAUUUGUAUUACCUUUUCCAUUGCAAAAACUUGAGAAUCCAGCCCAACAUCCUUGUUGACCUACCUAGGCUACCUAGGCCCAUGUUGCACUGAGACGGAUACGGGGACAGACACGGAUAAAAAACAAGAAAAACUAAAAAUUUAUAGAUACGAAUAUAACACAAAAUAGAAAAUAGUGUUGUGAAAAUUUGUACAUCAUUUACCAAUCAAGCAAUAACUAUUAAAUGGAAUCUCGUGUGAAUCAACAAGGACUCGGAACACAACUUACAACUUUCAUCGUACUAUGCUCUCCAAAGAGCAACUCUUCUCAUUGGAUAGAUGUAUGUUAUACUUGAAAAUGGCACAUAGCUUUUACCAAACUAAAUUUAUUUUGUCACCAACUCUUCUCAUUGUAUGUUCCCUAGACACUAUUUGCAUUUUUUUUUGGAACACAUGAUGUUUCAUUUACAUUCUUAAUUGAUUACAAUGAUAAGAGCAACUUUGUACAUACAAUAUGCGGACCUAAUUGGAAAUUUCUAGAACAAAGAAAUAGAACUAUAGAUAUACAAACUUAACCAAGUUUAAUAAAGUGUUUGAUUGGUUUUCAAAGAUAUCACACAUGAGUACAAUCAUAAAGAAACUACACUGUUUUCAAAAUUUUCAAACAUGAAAAUAGUCACUGUAAAUUGUCACGUUGAAACCUUCAAAACCUCCAUCCUGAUCGAAAUGUGUCUUGUUGUACC